AUGCAGAAAUCGCGGGGCCUGCGAGGCGAGGAGGCAGGCACCAGGGCACCCCCCAGCCCCGGGGUGCCUCCGAAGAGGGCCAAGGUGGGGGCCGGCGGAGGGGCCGGGGCCGGCGGAGGGCUCGUGGCCGGGGCGCCAGUCUUCCUUCGGCCCCUGAAGGACGCCGCAGUGUUUGUGGGCUGCGACGUGCGGCUGCGGGUGGUGGUGAGCGGAGCGCCCCAGCCCAGCCUCAGCUGGUUCCGAGAUGGGCAGCUCCUGCCCUCGCCAGCCCCCGAGCCCAGCUGCCUGUGGCUGCGGAACUGCGGGCAGCAGGAUGCCGGCAAGUACAGCUGCAGGGCCCAGAACGAGCGGGGCCAGGCCUGCUGCGAGGCCGUGGUCACAGUGCUGGAGGUCGGAGGUAAUGGGGAGGGAGGGGCUGGCUCCACCCUGCCCACCCUCCUGCAGUCUUCAGUGACUAGUUCCUUGGAGUUUCCUGAGGCCAAGCAUGAGGCAGAGAAGGCCAAGCUGGGGCCAUGUCAGCACGGAGCCCCCAGCCACGAGGAGCCUUGUCCUGUGUACGACCUAGGCGCCCUCACCAGCGCUGUGGCCUGCAGCAUACUCGGCCACCAGCGAGUUGGGUACCGCCUGGCACAGGUCCGUGUGCGCAUGUUUGUAGAGUGA